AUGGCAUGGUGGCAGAUGCUGAGUAUCUCCUUGGUCUCGGGUCUUGGCGUGGGUUCGCUGUUCGGCAUUGGCUGGUGGUUCUGGAAGCGAGCGUUACGUGCCAAAGCCCGAACCAUUGAGGAGCAGAGGAGCUCCUCAGCCGGCGCAGGGGAGAGACCGGAGGAAAAGCAGGUGACGAGGGCCCAAGCAGCCCUUUUCAGCCGACAAAUUCAAGAGAUAAUCGCCUUGUAUUCAGAAGGGCUGGUGCCACCGGAGAAGCUCGCGCAGACGAUCAAGGAGGCGGCAACAACACUGUUAUCCUCGACCCCAGUGCUGGAGGAUCAGGCGGAGCUUGAGGAGAAAGAGCAGCCGAGUGAGCCUUUUGUGCUGAAAGAGCUUGGCUCCCUGACCCUCAGAUGCUUGCUGGGCUGUGGUGGCUUUGGACGCGUGCAGCUCGUGGAGGACCCUGAGGGCCUUUUUGCUUGGAAAGCCUCCGACAAGCGCCUUUUGGAGAAGUCUGCCAUGACGUCCAACGUGGUUGAUGAGAAGAGGGUGCUGGGUGUCACCCAGAUUUGCCCCAGCCCUUUCAUCGUGAAGUACUACGGCUGUUGCCACACCAGGAAAUACCUCUACUUCAAGUUGGAGGCAUUGCUGGGUGGGGAGCUGCACCCUGGCCAGCACGGAACAGGUACCGCACCUACAACAAAAAAAAGCCUCUACGGUUCAGAGGAGUGGCGUGACGGUGGCUUUGAAGGGACCAGGGACGGGUCGGUCAGUUCCAUCACGGGACGGGAGCACGCCCGGUACUACAUGGCCUGUGCCUUCCAGGGGAUACAGCACCUGCACGAGCUCCGUGUGAUGCUGCGCUCGCUGAAGCCCGAGGACUGCGCGCUGGACGAGCGAGGCUGCUUGAAGAUCAUCGACUUUGGAUUGUCCAAGUUUCUGGUGAACAAGACCUUCACCACCUGUGGGACUCCGGACUACUUCAGUCCAGAGAUUAUUUCCAGCGAAGGGCACUCCUUCCCGGUCGACUGGUGGUGUGCCGGCGUGAUGCUCUUCGAGCUGCUGUCGGGAAAGCCGCCCUUCGAAGCGGCUUAUCCCAUGCAAAUCUACCAGAGGGUCAUGAAGGGGAUCAACCGUGUGCCGUGGCCCAAAGCCAUACCGGCAACGGCAAAGGACCUCAUCUACUCGCUCCUGCGGCCUAAUCCGCAGAACAGGCUGCCAGAGGCCAAGGGCUUUGGAGCGCUUCAGAAGCACGCCUUCUUCCAGAAACUCGACUGGAGCAACCUGGCCUCCAUGGCGCCACCCUAUGUCCCUGGCAGCUCCUACCAGGAGAACUUCAGUGCGAGCCAAAUGGACCUCCAUCAGUGUUUCACCCAGGACCUGGACAAGAGCUGGUCCCCCCGCUUCGACUGGUCGGUGCACUUCGGCGAGAUGAUGCCGAUGGACGAUUUGCCCCACGUGGAAUGA